GCCCGGAGCAGCUCUCGCGAGGUUAUGCAGAUGAGCGGCGCCAUGGCUCCCACAUCGCUGGGGUAGCGGGCGGGCGGCGGACGAGGUGAAGGCAGAAGAUGGCGGACGCCAAGCAGAAGCGCAACGAGCAGCUGAAGCGCUGGCUGGGCUCCGAGACGGAGCUCGAGCCUCCCGUGCUGAAGAAGAAGAAGACCAAGGUUAAGUUCGACGAUGGCGCUGUCUUCCUGGCCGCCUGCUCGAGCGGCGACACGGAGGAGGUGAAGAAGCUGCUGGACCACGGCUCCGACAUCAACUACGCCAAUGUGGACGGGCUGACGGCGCUGCACCAGGCAUGUAUAGAUGAUAAUUUGGAUAUGGUGAAAUUCCUAGUGGAACAUUCUGCAAAUAUUAACCAGCCAGAUAAUGAAGGUUGGAUCCCACUACAUGCAGCUGCUUCUUGUGGAUAUGCAGAUAUAGCAAUGUAUUUAAUUAGUCAUGGAGCAAAUGUAGCUGCAGUGAACAGUGAAGGAGAGACUCCAUUAGAUAUAGCAGAAGAAGAAACCAUGGAAGAACUCUUACAGGAAGAGAUUCGGAGGCAAGGUGUGGAUAUCGAGGCAGCUCGGAAAGAAGAAGAACGAAUAAUGCUUCGUGAUGCCAGGCAGUGGUUGAAUAGCGGGCAAAUAAAUGACACCAGGCAUCCGAAAUCUGGGGGAACGGCUCUUCAUGUUGCUGCAGCUAAAGGCUACUCUGAAGUCUUAAAGCUUCUCAUUCAGGCAGGGUAUGAUGUAAAUAUCAAAGAUUAUGAUGGCUGGACCCCUCUUCAUGCUGCAGCGCACUGGGGCAAAGAAGAAACCUGCCGAAUCCUUGUAGAAAGCUUCUGUGAUAUGGAGAUGAUCAACAAAGUGGGUCAGACAGCAUUUGAUGUAGCAGAUGAGGACAUUCUUGGGUACUUAGAAGAGUUGCAAAAAAAACAGAAUUUGCUUAUUAGUGAAAAGCAAGCAAACAAAUCCCCACUGAUUGAGACAACCACGACAGUGGAAAACAACCAACAAUUAAAACCUAUCAAAAGUAAAGAAACACUGCUGAAUGAGCAGAAGAUUACAGGCCCCACAGAAUCCCUGGAGCAGGAGAAGGCGGGUGAAGAAGAGGAGGGUAAGAAAGAUGACUCUAGUUGUUCCAGUGAGGAGGAGGAGGAGGAGGACUCUGAGUCAGAAGCUGAGACAGAAAAAGGCAAACCUACAGCAACUGUAAAUAUUAUAAACCGUGUGAAUAAUGGUAGUGUACAGUCUUCAACAGUGGCCCCAUCUACUGUACCCACGAGUCAAAUUACACCAACGUCGCCAGUGAAAAAGUAUGAAUCCAUUUCUCCUGUCUUGCCUGUGGCGGAGCCAUUAGAUCCGACAUCUUGGCGUCAGGGCUUGCGUAAAACUGGCAUUGUUCUUGUGCCUCAAAAGGGCGAAAAAGUUAUGUUUGCUGCUCCAUUUAUGAAAUAUUCAAAAGAAGAAGAGAAGAAGAGGAAAGAUGAAGAAGAAAAGAAAGAUGCAUCUCCAGCUUCUUGGAGGUCAGGGCUUCGAAAGACUGGAAGCUAUGGUGCAUUGGCUGACAUCAGUGCUUCCAAAGAAACACAGAAGGAGAGAGACAUAAUCGGUGUGAUGCGCUCUGCAUCAAGCCCUCGACUCUCAUCCACUGCAGAUAACAAAGAGAAAGAGAAGGAUCAGAAAGGAAUGAGGCUUGCUUAUGUUUCACCUACAUUUCCGUGCAGAAGAUUAGCCAGUGCAUCAGACAUUGAUGAUAGAGAAAUCAGAGAUACUGCAAGUAGCCUUGUGCGCAGUGGUUCUUACACAAGGCGGCGUUGGGAAGAAGACUCAAAGAGGAAAGAAAUGAACCACACUUCCACCACUGAAGGGCCUACAACACAAAAUGCUGCUGUCACCAACGUAGUGCCUAGUUAUCAAAGAAGUAAUUCGUAUCUGCUAGCAAUAGGCAGAAGUAACAGUGCCAGACAUCUGCCAGCCAACUCUUCCUCAAGCACCAGCUUCGAUCCUACUAAUUCUAAGUCUAGGCAACCAGCAUCAUCUCAGUACUCAUCGUACAGCAUCUUCAGAAGUAGUUCUUUUGGCCGAAGAAAAGAUGAUCAAAUUAGUACUGUUCAACGUACCAUUUCAACCAGCACCAUAGCAACUGUUACCUCAUCGAACAGCCUGCAGUCCAUUCCCAGGAUAGCUGCUUCCACUUCAUCGGGCAGUACCUCAAAUCGUUUCUCGACGGGGGACAAUACUGAGAAAGACAAAGAAAAUGUUCCUUCAGCGGUUGCUACAACUGGCACUGUCUCCUCAACAACGGAGGUCAGAGAGAGACGCAGGUCGUAUUUAACUCCUGUCCGGGAUGAAGAAUCUGAAUCGCAGAGAAAAGCCAGGUCGAGACAAGCAAGGCAGUCAAGAAGGUCAACACAGGGUGUAACACUAACAGACUUGCAAGAAGCUGAGAAAACAAUCGGAAGGAGUCGUGUUGACCGUCGAACUCGAGAACAAGAGGAGAAGGAGAAGGAGGAGAAAGAAAAGCAAGACAGAGAAAAGCAAGAGGACAAAAAUCAGUCUGAAGCUCAAGAUGAUGAGAAACAGAAGCUUAACAGAAAUGCUGAAGAGCACUAUCAACGCGUCAGACCAAGCACCACGUCAUCCACAACUGCCACUGUCUCUGCCCUAAAUAGUUCAUACGUUUCCUCCCAGCUAAGUCGACCCAAUAGUCUCAUAGGCAUUACAUCUGCUUAUUCAACUUACUCUCGAAGUUCUGGAGAAACGGAUAAAGGAACAGACGAGAGAGAUGGUGAGGAGAAAUUGGAUGAUAAGUCACAAAAUAAACCAUCAGUAAGAGACAGACGGCGACCGAGGGAAAAGCGGAGAUCCACAGGGGUUUCUUAUUGGACCCAGGAUAGCGAUGAGAAUGAACAAGAAGAGCAGUCAGAUACAGAAAGAAUAAAUAAGAAGUGCCAGAAUGACAGGCUUUCAAGGUUUGACACUGGAGUUUCUAGUACUGCACAGAACGAGGGCUCUGACCUAUCGUUUAGUCGAACUGGUUCGUAUAAAGAAAGUAAACUUGCACCUCACAGCCGAGUUGAAAAGGAAGAUGCAUUGGAUUAUAAGAAGCUUUAUGAACAAUUCCUAGCAGAAAAUGAGAAGCUUAAGGCAACUCUACAUGACACAAACCUUGAACUGGCAGAGUUGAAAGUGCAGUUAGAAAAAACAACGCAGAGGCAAGAAAGGAAAGCUGAUCGGUCAUUGCUGGAGAUGGAGAAAAGGGAAAGAAGAGCGCUGGAGAGGAAAAUCGCUGAAAUGGAGGAGGAGCUCAAGAACCCGCAGCAAGUAAAUCAGAUUCAGACUCUGAGGCAGUUAAAUGAGCGACUACUGGCUGAGAAUAGGGCUCUGACCAGAGUGGUCAUCAAGCUUUCUGAAUCCUAUAGGCAGCUGCAGGCUGUGGAUUUGUAGCAUCUUUUCUUUUCUUCAUUGCUACUGCCCUUCGCAGCCAGAUGUUACCAGACUUGAAAGCAGACAACCAGCGACUGAAAGACGAAAAUGGAGCUUUGAUCAGAGUCAUCAGCAAACUUUCCAAGUAAAUGGGAUUCUAAUUGCUGUUGUUGCCAUUGUCUAAAAGCUCUGAACUCGUGUUGUCAGCUGGGUGGAUCAAAAGGAGCUGAAGAGCCCAACCCGAAGAAAUUUCUUGUACAAGCCUGUUCAAUGUCUAUAUAUGGAUAUCUAUAUUUAUAUUUACAUAUAAAUGUAUGGCCAUUUUAACAGAUACUGCUGAAGAAAUGAAAUGCCUGAUACACUUGUUUACAGUGGAAAGAGGAAGACGUUUGAAAGGCAGAUGCGCCUCUGUAACUAAACCAGAAAGCCUUACUUGUACAUAAAACAUCGUCAAACUGCUUAUAUUGCAACAGACGGUUUAAAAAAUCAACAUGAUUUAACUGUGCCACAGAACUGUUGUUUUCCUCCUUUGCACGCUUAAGAGUGUUUAAUAUGUGCUUAACCACCCAUGUGCCAGUUCAGGUUGGGACAGUAUUCGCAGAACCAUCUGUGUUGCAAAUGAUGCAUCCAAGCCCUAUAGUGGCGAGUAACAAUUUGUCCCUCUGUAUUGAUCAGAUAGAUUUGGUGAAACAUUUGCUUUCACUGUUUGUGCAAUAUGCAUUUCUUUAAGAUGCUUUAACAAGUCAGUUGAAGUAGAUAUAUUUUACAAAAAGACUAUCUUGGCCUUCACAAUUUUUAAGUCUAGCAUAAAUUCUUGGAUAAUCUGUAGCCUUCAUUUUCAUUUUAGCAGGUACUGAGUGUGUGUAUGUGUGUGCGUGUGUGUAUAUAUACUGUUUUAAGUUUCAGCGCACCAUGUAUGUGUAAUGACUACAUAAAACGGAUUACUCCAAGGGGCAUCGUUUUAAUGAAAAUGAGUUUAAGGCUUAAAAAGUGCUUAUUCGUGAAAUGAUUUAUUGGAAGUGUGAUGUCCUGAAGGGUAAACGGUACAUUUGAUGUAGGAUUUCAAUAUUCACAGAUGUAAAAACGUGCAUCCGAGAUCCAUGAGAGGUUUCUCGCUCUGUGAUACGCAUACUGUAAGUCACACCAGAGCUGUAAGCUCUUGCCAAAGUAAUAUCACACAAAAAAAACAAUUAUUUGCUUGGAGAAGUACAUUACGGUGUUCACAAACUUUUCAGUUUUGUAUCCGGGAUGGCUGACUGCAAGAGAUACUGAUUGUUGGAAAAUCAUUGUGACAAAGUCCAGAAAUCAGAAUGCACUUCCUACUUUUUGGUGGCCUUUUAAAGUGAACUCUCUGACCAUUCGACCAAUAUUGUGCAUCACCCCUCAUUUAUUCUGACUAUAUAUUUAAACAUCUGUGUGAUUUCAUAUGGCACAUUUAAUGUCAAAAUAAACCACUGAAGAGUUCAAACUUGCUGAGUGAUUGUACAUUGUAAAACUUGCAGUAACUAUUGUAUUAUCAUUAAAUAUAUUGUAUUAAAUGUGAAUUUAUACCCCUUCAUAAAAACACCAAGAUUCUUGUGUUGCAUUGCUUAUUGUGAUCUGGUAUGCUGGGCAUUUUGCAUUCAACAUCUUUCAGGCAUGAUAGCUGUCCAAUUGUUGUAAUGUUGGUGUGGUAUCGGACUCUUACUACCAAUCUCAGGAGUUGGAUUUUAUAAAGGUACGAAGAAAACUGGGCUUUCCCGUUCAAACAGUAAGAGCCAAGUGUUUGGCAAAGACAGAGUUUAGUGGUAGCAGAGAGUUUAAAUGCUGGUUCAGCACCAGGUUCUGCGUGUGUGACUGACUGAUCAAGUGGCGCAGUGUGAUCCAAAUUUCAAGCGCAUGUCCACAAAUAUAAUAGGCAUUUCUGCAGAAUGUUAGUGUUUUAUAUUUCGGUUAUUUAUUCUUUAUAUUGGAAUCCAUGAUUUGGCCUGUGUGCUGUGUCGAGUUUUAUUGGUAGUUAUUGAGCAGACAGUGCAUCUGCAUGAAGUCGACUGCAAAAGCUACCAACUUUUUUUGAAAAAUGUAUUUUGACAUAUAUUAAUAAAAAUUAAAA